GGGGGGGGGCGGGACCGUCUCGAGCUUGGGCCCGCGGCAUCCCCGGGAGGCCCCAUAGCCUGUUACCCCGAGAAAGCCCCUCCCCACGGGCGGAGACGGCGCCGAGAAGUCGCCGCCCCGGCCCCCCGCCGGGCCAGUACCCCGAGGCCACGGCCGCAACGCCAAGUUCUCCUGCUGGCUGUCGUGGAGCAUGGGGUGCUGAUGGCCAUGGAGGGCUACCGGGGCUUCCUGGGGCUGCUGGUGUCCGCGCUGCUCGUGGGCUUCCUGUCGGUGAUUUUCGUGCUCAUCUGGGUCCUGCACUUCCGAGAGGGGCUUGGCUGGAACGGCGGCGCGCUCGAGUUUAACUGGCACCCGGUGCUCGCGGUGACCGGCUUCGUCUUCAUCCAGGGCAUCGCCAUCAUCGUGUACAGACUGCCAUGGACCUGGAAGUGCAGCAAGCUCUUGAUGAAAUCCAUCCACGCUGGGUUAAAUGCUGUGGCCGCCAUCCUCGCCAUCAUCUCCGUGGUGGCCGUGUUUGAUUACCACAAUGUCCGAAAAAUCCCCCACAUGUACAGUCUGCACAGCUGGGUUGGACUGACAGCUCUCAUUCUCUACAUCCAACAGCUUGUUGUAGGCUUUUUCGUCUUUCUGCUUCCAUGGGCUCCGCUCUCUCUCCGGGCAGUCGUCAUGCCCAUACAUGUGUAUUCUGGACUUCUCCUCUUCGGAACAGUGAUUGCGACAGUUCUCAUGGGAGUGACAGAAAAGCUGUUCUUUGUCCUGAAAAAUCCCUCAUACCAUUCAUUCCCACCAGAAGGUGUUUUUACAAAUACCCUGGGCCUUCUGAUUCUGGUGUUUGGAGCCCUCAUCUUUUGGAUUGCCACCAGGCCACAAUGGAAACGCCCUAAGGAACCAGGAUCUCUCUCUCUCCAGCUGAAUGGAAGCAACACAGAGGGACUGGAAGGUGCCAUGUCAAUAAGCUCUGCCCACAAUAUGGACUCCGCAGACGCGGAGUUAUGCAGCGAGGGAGCAGCCCGGAAAAGAACCCUCGGCCUUGCUGACACUGGCCAGAGGUCCACCAUGUGAAAAGUUGAUGCAGCCACUUAACUUCUCUUCCAAAGUCAGCCCUACAGUUUAGCUUCUCCUGUCUAGCCAUAGGUGACUUGGGAUCAUGGGCCAAUUUAUAUUGUGGUCACCAAGGAGGAUUUUCUGAAAGUAAUUGUGUUGACUGAGGCCUGUGAACUUACCAAAUGUAAAAGGACAUGAUCAAUAUAAAUUUUGAUUGUUUCUUCUUUCCUCUUGAGGACCCGGGCAUUGGAUGUACCUACCAGUGGUUUGUCUGAUGAACUGGUAGCACCCUCGGCCUCUUGCUAUGCCCGAUUAAUUCUGGGAGCCCAGUGGUUUCAGAACUAAGUAGAACCUCUCUUAACAUUUAAAAUAAGAUAACAAAUACCUGGAGCAGGAUUUGGACCAUUGUGCCACAUAGAUGCUGUGAGGAAAACAUGGUGGUGGUGGGGGUGGGGUGCUUUAGGAAAGUAUCCAGCUCCAUCUCCAGCUAAUUUGGGCUCACAUAGGCCCUGGACAUGAGUGUAUAUAUGAGGCUGUCUUGGAGCAGUUGCUUAGUCACACACAGACAGCUGAAGAGAUCUCUGUGUUAGACCUGGAAGAUUUUGUAACAGUCCAGUGCCUGUUACACCCAGGAGCUGGUGUACUGCACCAUUCAGUGUCUGAACCUCUUUCAAUGCAAACAUGGCCAAGCUCAAACCCCAUAAACCCACCUUGCAUUCCCACACUAUGAAGGGUGCCCUUCAAGUUUCUGUUUAUAUUUUCCAAAGUGCUUCCCUGGCUCUUACUAUGUGCUUUACGAAUAUCAGCUCCUUCAGUCUCCAGACAGACUCUGUGAGGCAGAUAUUAUUACUACCCCCAUUUUUAGGUGAAAGAUCUGAAGCUCGGGAAGGUUAGUAACUUGGCCCAACAUCACACAACUCUCUAACUGAUAGAACUGACAUUCAAACCCUGGCAGUCUGGCUCCUCUGCCCAAGAUCCUAUAUUUCACCACACUCCUUCCCUAUUUAUUCUAAUUGGCAGCACUAUGGUCCACCUAUGAAUAAAGUUGCAGAUGAAGGCUAAUGGAAUUGUUACAGGAUGCUGCCUUACCUUUGGUCCUCUUCCAAGGGGGACCCCUUAGAUGAUGGGAAAGGUGCCAUAAAAACUUGGACAGAGAUCUUGGGGCUUCAGCCACUGCCAACAAGCCAGAGCCUGCCUAGAUGCCCUUUUAAUCUUAACAGGGCAUCUGUCUUGCUGACAAGACCUGGACAAGGCUGCUCACAGCCUUCAGGAUGAAGUCAUCACCAUAUUGGCUCCUCGGGAUCUUAGCUGCUGAACACAGUUUUAUUUGGAGACUCAUAUAUCCUGGGCUGCCUUUUCCUGGGACCAUAGGCACGUUCCUUCCUGAUUUCUGUGGAAUUUGGAGUUCUUAGCAGGGAGCCGAGAUUUAGAAGUGAUAAUCUUUCACAUGGCCAGACUUCUCUCGCAGCUCUGAUGGAAACCUGCAGUAGUAACUGUGCUGAAAUGACGCCAAGAGUGGGUAGUUUUGGCUGCUCCGCUCUGAGCUCCUAGCAAGUCGCAGGUGUAUACCUACCCAGGAGCUAUCUCGAAUCCGCAGAUGAAAGACACACACACACACACACACACACACACACACACACACACACACACACACACAUUAGCUCAUUUUUAAAUUGCCUUAUUGGCUCUGUGGCUAAGCUCUUCUAAGCCUUCCCUGGUUAGCAGCCCUUACCUUUACAAGUAGCUCAACAUCUCUAAGUCCACCCUCAACUUAGUUGCCUGGUUGCCCUCUGUAAAGCCCAUUGGUCUUGCUGCCCAAGCCGCUUCCAAGCUGCCCUUCCACGAGCAGCUUUCCCUUUCCGCCUACAUUUUGGAAGAUCUCCCCUACAGCUCUGAGUCUAUUCCAUCUUUCUCCCCCAAGUGUCCCAAUUCUCCCUUUUUUACCUUCUCUUCUCUCAAGCCUGCAGGAAUCUGGAAGUCCCGCCUCUUUCUUUCUGCCAAGCCAUUGGCCACUGGCAUCUUUAUUGAUAGAUCAAAAACCAAUUGGGGGCAAAGACCUUCAGCAUCAGUUAACACAGAUUCCUGAUUAAAUCAAAGCGUCAGGACCACUCCUCCACAGAUGCCUUCUGCAGAUUGGUUGGUUUUUGGUUUCAGUGCAUUUUCUGAUGGAGACACUUGGGCACUAAAGUGUGAGCCUUGUGGUUCCAGCUGCUCGAGAAGCUGAUGUCUGAGGCACAGUUCAGAGCCAGCCUGGGCAACAUAGUGAAACUCUCUUGGGAUUUUGGUUUCUCUAGUAACCCAAAUUGGCUUCACUUUUUGUAUAAUUAAAGGUGACCUUGAAAGUGUGGUUCUCUUUGCCUUCACUUCCCAAAUGCUGGAUUACAGGCAUGUGCCACCAGCUACCAUGUCUUAGCACAGCUCUGUCUUUUAAAUCAAAAAUAAAGCCAAACCAAACAAGAAUUUUAACGUGUUUGGUGUGUAGUGAACUUCCUUUUAGGUAACAUGAUUAUUUCCAAAAACCAAAUACAAUUUUCAAUCUUUCAGAUCUCCCAAACUCCAUAACAGCUCAGAAUCACCUCAAUGCAUCAUUGCUUUCUCUCCAUUAAUUACUUCUAUUUCCAAAAUCAGUAGCAGCAUCAGAGGCAGUAUGAAUGAGUGACCCAAGAUCAUUCUUCAGCUAGAGAGUUCAAGACCAGCCUGGGAUACAUGAUACCCUAUCUAUCUCAGAAGUCCGAUGAAUAAAUAAAAUCCAUACGUGUGCUAAGUAAGAGUAAUUACAUGGUUACACCAAACUGUUUGGGAGUUGAUGACUGACUAUAAAGAGCUGGGUCAAAUCCCAGGGUUUUGGGGGGCUGUAGGGGAGGAUGGGAUGCUAGUAACUGAGCCCCAAGAGUCAUGGCUGCCUUUCCUCUCCACACAGGCCCACAGAGGCUAUCAGCACAAGGCUAAUUAUGUGGCACUAGAAUAGCUCCAUUGCAAAGUAUUUGAGUGCUCCCCUCAGCCCUUCCCUUUCUCCCAAGUGGGCUAAUGGGAGGGUAAUAUUAUAGGUGUUCAUUUUCUUUCUUUUCCAGCUUUUAUGAAAGGAUGCAUAGCACAAUAUAUCGAAAAGAUCUUUCUAUUUGAGACUCUUCUUUUAAAGGGCUCUUAUUCUAAUGAUAAUUAUACCUUUAUCUUUCAAAAGCUGAUGUUUCCUACCUAAAGCAUCCCCCCCUCCCAAAUAUCACAUUAAAAAGUCUGCGAAGAAUAGGGGAGAAGAAAGGCUUAGGUAUCAAUUCCAAACAGUGAUUGAAACCUCCCAAAAUAAUUAUAGCUUAUAUCUUUAGCAGAAAUUAUCUGGCGUGGCUUACCCCAUAAUCUAAUUUCAGGAAAGAAAGCUUUAUUUCAACAAUGAUCUACGUCAACAUGAAAGCUUUCUCUUUCCCGGGGCCUUCGCAAGAAAUCGAAAUGAAUAUACUUUAUGGAAUUAAUGCCAUCAAAAAUGUACAGCUUUCCUGUGCUGUGUCAAACAGGGCCCACCCUCCAUGGUACUUUCCUCCCUUAAGAAGUGUGAGUUUUGUUUAAUCUGUGCACUUAGAAACAGCAACUGGGACCUCUUGAUAAAAUGGCAGAUUAAGGCAAGCAUACUUUUUAAGGACUGGUGACAAGUAGUUUCUUAAGGACCAGUGACAAGUAGUUUCUGUUUUCUAAAGGACGGUGAUGUGAAUUGUGUCUUGUUUUAAUUGGGCUUUCUUCCCUGCUGAGCUGGAAGACCCAGGGCACACCCACUGACCAUGACUGCACAUGGAAAAUGGAAAGGAGGAAGCCACAACUUGCAUGGACUUCAGUUGUGAUGUGACGAGAUGUUUAAUAAUAAAUGUGCACUUUUUAGCUAACUCCGACAGGAAGCUGUAACUUCUGUAACUAAUGUGUAAGUUACUAAUGGUAACUUCUGUGUCUAAUAGAGAUGCAGAAAAGAAAAUGAUUGUUCCUCACUCGAGAGCUACUUGAGCACAUUAAGUGGGAAAUAAAUCUAUCUAUAAAUUUGUCUUUAUCUCAGUA